AUGACUGGCCCGCCAAACAAGCGCCAAAAGCGCGAGGAGUACCGGAAGGUACAAGAAGCGCACAAUGAGCAAGGCUCGGGCCAGCUCGAGCUCCCAAAGAAGAGAUUCUACCGUCAGCGAGCACACGCCAACCCAUUCUCAGAUCACCGAUUAACAUAUCCGACGCGACCAGAAGAGAUGGACUGGUCAUCACACUACCCAUCGUUCAUCCCCGCCAAGACCAGCAGCGAGAAUGGCUCAUCUACCACCAGCACCAGCACCACAUCACCCUCCCUCACCCCCGAGGCUCCCUACCCCACCAUCGCCGAUGUAGGCUGCGGCUUCGGCGGCCUCCUGCUCGCCCUUUCACCCCUCUUCCCCACCUCGCUAAUCCUCGGCCUCGAGCUCCGCUCCCAAGUCCUCACCUAUGUGCACUCACGCAUCGCGGCGCUGCGCUCCCAGAACCCGCUGCCUCCCACCACCACCACCACCACCACCGCAGCGCCCCCAUACCACAACAUCUCCGCCCUCCGCACCAACACGAUGAAAUUCCUCCCCCAACUCCUCCCGCGCGGCGCCCUCACCAAGCUCUUCCUCUGCUUCCCGGACCCGCACUUCAAGGCGCGCAAGCACAAGGCGCGCAUCGUCUCGAGCCAGCUGAACGCCGAGUACGCAUUCUUCGUGCGCCCGGGAGGAAAACUGUAUACGAUCACGGAUGUGGAGGAAUUGCAUCUGUGGAUCGUGCGGCAUUUUGAAGGAGGGGAGGCGGAGGAGGAGGCGGCGGCGGGGGAGGGGGAUGUGAGGGAGUUGUGGGAGAGGGUUGACGAGGAAGGGCUGAAGGGGGAUGAGUGUGUGAGGGUUAUGAGUGAGGAGACGGAGGAGGGGAAGAAGGUGACGAGGAAUGGGGGGAGGAAGUUUGUGGCUGUGUGGAGGAGGAGGGAGGAUCCGGAGUGGGUGGAAGGGUGA